AGCUGUUGGAGCUACUUGACCGCCUAAAUAAUCUGCUUUUCUCUUUCUUUACCACUUUAGUGAUUAAUUCAAGUGAAUAUGGUUAACCAUAAACUAAUUUCAGCUGCCUGUAUUGUACUUUUACUAACUAUAACUAAUGCUGUACACCUGCCAUCGAGUAAAGAAUUUACUUGCAAUAAAACAGAAAAAGACACUCUCAAUCCAAAUGAAACCAUUGUUAUAAAAACAAUAACCAGUGUUCCAUUGUUGCGUUUAGCUGACUAUCUAUGUAAUCAGUCAGAGACAAAGGAGAUGAAAGUUAAAAACUUUUCAAUACCAUCCGACUACCUCUAUACUCACAUAUAUUUUGCAUGGAAAGAAGCUGAUCAGUAUAUGUCUUCUGUUGCCUUAAAAAAUGAUGGACAAACUGAUGAAAUUGUCGGUGCAAAUCUGGUGCUUCCAAUUGGCAUUUUGAAAGAUAUGUAUGCACCUGGGAAAAUCGGAAUUAUAUUAGACUUUGCAAUGGAAUGCUAUGCAUGGGCUAAACCGCAAAACGUUAGAAAUUACUCCAGUCCCAAUGCGUAUGUUUCAAUUCUGAGAGGAGCUGACAAUGUAAAUGUUAACCAAAAGCUUAUAAGAGAAACUACAAAAUACUUUCAUAUUUCUGCGCAACCAGAGACAUAUCAUUUUGUUUGGGAGAAUUCUUCACCAGAACAAACAAAUUUUAUGUCAUCAUUAAAUUAUACACGAAUAGUAUGUGGUGAUACAAAAGUUGAAAUGAAUCCAUGCAACUGGAAAAAACUUGGUAUGGACAAAUUAUUCGCUGAACAACAAUGUCUUUAUAGAAUAACUAAUACGGGAAUAAAGAAUAAUUUUUACUAAGAAUUAAUUACACGGACGAUAAUGCUACUCAUAAAAUUAUCAAUAAGUAUAUUGUGUUUCUGUUUUUAUUCAUUAUUCAUACAUAAGUGCAAAUGCUUUACACUUUUAUCCAUUUUUCACUUUUAUAUGACUGUUAACGAAAAGUGUUAUUUCAUAUGCUUUAGGCUUUUCUUUUAUCCUUUAUUAUGUGACUAGGUAUCUUUAAAGAAGCAUUUUAAAAUAAAUAGUUAGACUGUG